AUGGCGAGGAGGCUACACGUGAUGGGAAUUCCAGAGGGGGCGGUGGCGGAUGAUACUGAUGCCAACAAUAUGUCUCUAUAUAUAUGUACCCACGAGUGCACCACCCAUCAUGCUCGUUACGAUAUCCGUGCCAUCAGAUUGAGCGAUUUAUCAUCCAUACUCAAAUCCAAAUCCCAAUCCCAAUCCAAGUUUACUAAAUCAGAGUUGCUGCGAAAAUUGGCGUUUAUAGAGGGUGAUGAUGUUCCUUACUUGAUGGGUUGCGGUUUGUUCGGCUCCCAAAUUCUUCUUGCCGGUGGCCAGAAACCGCCGGGCCCCGAGAUGUCGAUAGGGUGUCGAUACGGACCAUAUGGGAGCACACAAAUUUAUCUGUUUGAGACAGAUGAUGAUGAUGAGAAAAGAAAGGAGAAAGUUUACAAUCACGGUAACCGCUUUGGAUCUUCACCGCCCUUCACCCCUCCUUCUCACGAUCACAUUCACAGUGGGGGUAUCAUCAAGGGGAACUGCUGCUAUGGUAAACUUCAUCAAGUGAAAGCUGAACCAUUGGUGGUUGAGGUUGGUGGGAAGCUCUUUGUUCUCUCUGGGGGUCUGCUAGCUUCAUCUGAAAGUCCAAUUUUUGAGGAGUUCAACCCGUGUGAAGGUAGUUGGACCACUCUGCCGGACCCUCCAGAUAUGUGGCGUUAUACUAGUGAAUUUCAUUACUUCUCCUGUGCAAUUGUGGGCACCAAGAUCAUGGUGUCCACCCCAAUAUCUCCGGUGUUCUGCUUUGACGUGGCUGGCCCGAAUCCCCGCCAAUGGUCAGUGUGCUCUGCUGUGCCUUUUCCCUUCAAAGGCAUGGCUUUAGUGUUGGACUCGGGGCUGGAUGAUAAUUGUAGUAAGAUAGUGUUUGGCUAUGAAGACGUCCCCGGACAUGGUGAUGACAUAGUAGCCUACAUGAUGUUCAACGAUAAUGAAAAUGGUUAUUGUUCUUGGUUUCCCAUCGCCCCUCUAAAUCUGCUCACAGAGUUCAGUAAAUUAGUAUUAGUUGGUGGACCAGAUGACACGUUUAGUUUUGUCCAUCUAGGAGGUGGAAAAGUCUGCUUUGCUGGUUCCUGUUUCACCCCAAGCUUGGAUCCUCCUGUUAGUUUGGAGGAGGACAUGAAUCUUAUUGUCGUGACAUUCGAAUUUUCCAUUUCCGAUAAGGAUAGUAAUUCAGCAAGAAUCUUGGCAGUCAAAGCCUUGGGUUUUUGCAUCUUUCCUUUGGAUUUUGCUUCAGAAGAGGGUAAGCGAUGCCAGGCCAAACUGCUCGGUUGCUUUGUGCGCUAA